AUGUGGUGCCUCGCUCUUGAUGCGGUAGCACUGGGUGUGGACAGCGGAUGGGUGAUGGUGAGUGUGGGCGGGGAGGUGGUGGCACGAGUGGGCGGGGACUCCAGUGGUCGAGUAAGGCCAUGUCAUGAGGGCCCUCUUACUGACCUCUAUCUCCAUGACUCUCAUCUCCUCACCCUAGGUGGUGAUGGUUGGCUACGAAUCUGGGAAGCAGAGACGUUAGACGAAGCUGUACUCAGAGUGACAGGUGGUAUGGAGGAAACACUGGGUUGGUGUGAGCCAGGGAUCAAGACCAUCUGCCUACAGCUGGUGCGGAAGCUACCUGUACACAGUGGCCCUGGCUAUCCUGUUACUAUUACUCCCACAACCACGCCCAUCACCACCACCAUGUCCACUAGUACGACCACUACUACCCCGAACACUCCGCCUACAACCACGCCAUCGCUGGUGUGGGUGAUUCAGACCAACACGGGCGUGGUGUACGGCGUGUGGGCGGGACAGUGGACAGUUCGUACACUACACCAAGGGCCGAGUGGGCGUGUGACGGGCGUAGCCAUGGCGUCCACGCGCGGUUACUUGGCAACCACCACCCACCACCGUUACCUGCAGGUCACAGCGCUUCUUCAGCCAGACGCAGAAGAAGGUACGGAGGAGGAGAAAGAGGAUGUAGGAACAAGGCAUGUCAGAAGUGUGAGGGUGCCAACAUGUCUGGCCAAGGCGAAGGUGGAAGGGUUACCACGUUGUGUCUUGUGGGCCACUUGUCAGGUAACAGGUGAAGAGGACAUAGUGGUAGUUGGGCAAGAAGAUGGUUCAUUAAACAUGUUCGUGCUCCAUGUGGUACCCAAGACCGGGAAGGAACAACUCACUCUCGUCCAAGUUGAGCGCCCACACGAGACACCCAUCUUACAUAUCAAUACGUCGAAGAAAACCAAGCCAAAUGGAGGAGCAACUUCAUUCCUCGUGACUGUCGGCGAAGACCGUCGAAUCUUCAUUUUUCGGUUGAUAAGAGUUGCAAAACUGACAAAACUAGAUCCUGUUGGAUACUACCAAUUAGAAUCUGUGCCAACAAGGAUUGAAGUCCAAGGGGAAAUUAUCCUUGUCGAAAUGUCUGGAGGUCUGGUCCUGGAGAUCCCGGCAAUCACGACUGCCAGCACGGCCACAACAACGCCAACAAUCACGCCCACAUCCAUCACCUCGGCCAGGGCGGCGCCGGACUCAUGGCUUCUACAGCGAUAUUCAGGACCCAAGGAGUCGUGGGAUGGGGUGAAGGUAGUUCAUCAGCAGCUUCUGGAGGAGGUGGCCAAUGCUUGCUGUUACGAUAAUGACCACAGUACUCUCGUUCUUGCCGUUCCCACCCCAGAUGGAGAGACAAUGGUUGGAGUAACAUCAGUUGGCUGUGUGGUGCACAUUCACCAGUCACAAGAAGCUUACAGUGUGAGGGUCUGCAGCAAAAGACUAGGGGGUAGUCGUACUUCAGAGCAGACUAUGCAUGGCACUACUAAAGUACAGGACAUUACUAAAUGCAGCGGACUGGAUGCAAGGCCAGAGAGUAGUGUAGUUGGACCGGAUGCAGAGGCGUGUGUGAGUGAGGAUGGGGCUUGGGCAGCAGUUUGGGUAGCUGGUGGUGAUCUUUUUCUCUAUCGGGCAAGAGGAGACUCCUUUCCUUUGCCUCAGAAGACGCAAAUGCAUCUCCGUCAUCUGGGUGUGCGAGGCAUGGGCGGAAGCAGUAUGGCUCCCAGCUUAGAGCAACGAGCGCAGAAGGAGGCAGCAGAGCGUCGAAGGACAGCCAUGGAGAAUCGGGCAACCCUUCUACAGCAAAAACUAUCAAAGCUCAAGUGGGACUUAAAAAAAUUGGCUUUGAGAGCUGACGAAAUUGAGGGAGGUCGAGCCUUAUUGGAGGAGCUGCCACUGCAUCCCACCAUCACUUCUGCUCUCCACCAACACACCACCAACAAUAUGAACCAGGUUGUCGUUGGCAGCAGUAGAGAGCUGGAACGUCUGGAGGUGCUACUGGGCAAACUUCGGACCCUCUACUCCUGGAACCCUCUGGUGUCUGUCCCCUCCAUCCAGUUUUUAAGCUCGGGAGAGGUGCUGACUGCCGUGGAUACAUCUGAGGAGGUGUUCACCCUCCUGAGUCGCUUAGCGCAGAUCCGACAGGGGCGGGAGACUGGUGAUGGCGUGGCAGAUGAAGGUGACACCCUUCAGUCCUACGCUGUACUUCAGGUACGGGACCUGUUGAACGACUGGCUGAAUUCUAUUCGUGCUGGUCGAGGUCCUCCUGCAGCACGUGAGGAGCCCUCUGUUAGGUCAGGGUCAGUGAAGGGGGAUUUGGUGAAGAGGGAGGGACCCACUGAGGAUUACAAGAACCAGGUGGGCAGUGGCCUUACCCCACGACCUACCAACACCACCCAUAGGUCCACCAGCAGUUGUGAGGGUCCUGAGGGGGACACCAGUGAGGAAGGUGAAGAGAGAGACAGUGUAGCUGCACUACAAGCACAUGUACGGGAAGUGGUAACUCGUGUGGGGUCAGCAGGACGAGGUGGGGGUGCUGACCUCACCCCUGAGGCAGACUUGGACAUGGGACGUAACCUUAAAUGGAGGCGCAUGGCCCUAACCCGCCUAAAGGAGUACCGUGCCAGGGAGCUUGCUAGAUCAGCCCAGCUGGCAGCAUAUAAGACAGAACAUUCCAUUCCCCUGCAAGAAGAGGGCGAGGAAGGUGAGGGAGGACAAGGGGAAGAUGAACGAGACCAAGACAUUAACGAUGAGAUCACUGUACCCCCAACCAGUGUCACUGUGGCGCAAGUUGAGGCUCAGCUGUGGCACCUCCUCGGCAAGGUGGAGCUAGAGGGAAGUCAGGUGAAGGUGCGUGUGGAGGAAGCUGCUGCUGCCCAGGAGAAUAUUCUACAACAGGUGAACCAGCACCGGGCUGAGUGGGGUCACUCACCCCUCACCCUUACUCACCUGCCUCACCAUUUAAAUGUCCAGGUCUCGGACGAAUUAGUGAACGAGUUCUACUGCGAUUCACUGGACCUGGAGGACAAUGAGGAUGUCCUUAGUCCUGGUGAUGGGUUGAGGCGUGGUCCUGGAGGCAGCACCAGCAGGAGGGCUAAGACUUCUCCAGGGACUGUCACCCCUGGCAGAAGAGCUAAAGCAUCCCCAGGAGCUGCCACUCCAGGCAGGAGGAGACCGGACACUAAAAAGGACAGUGAAGGAACAGAUGUGCCUCCCCUGAGUCUCUCUGGAUCACCCCGGACAGCUAAGAUUUCCAGGACUCCACGCACCACCAGGGACAUCCGCACAGCCCGCACUACAACUACUACUACUACUCGCACCUACACCACCCCUCGCACCACCAAGACCCAUCGAAGUGGGCGUGGGCGGCGCAGUGUGCGAGAAACACCCAAGCCACCCCCUGCACCCCGCCCACCCCUCUCCCUGGAACAGGUGCAGCACAUUCAAUGUGCCCGCACUACCUACCUCACCUCUCUCACUCAGGUUAUUGAGCCACUGCAGCCAUUGGCAUUGGAGGUAGAGGAGGCCCUUAGCAAAUGUGAGCAAUAUGUGGUGGGUGAGCGUGGGAGGCUGGCAUGGGCAAUAUUGAGAGCCGGCCAGCUAGUGCGGGCAGUGGGUGUAAGGGUGAGGUACAAGGACUCUGAGAAGAAUUUGAGGGCAGCGCUAAAAGAGAGAAUUCGUGAGCAGCAACUCGUCAAGGAGAAGGUGUUGGGGCUCCGUCAGAGGAUUGAGGAAUAUGAACGUGAACAGGAGUGUCUGGCUCACCUGGAGGAGGAGGUUGACCACGCCUUCGCCCAUCUCGUCACUGAUAAUGCGCAAUUUGAAGUCCAGCUCACCCGCUACUUCGAAUCCAGUACCACUUCUGGCGUGUCACGUCCUGAGUCAGUAUCCGGCAGUGGGGAAAGUGAAGGUGAUGUGGGAGACAGUGGUGAUGACGAUGACUCUGGACUGGGUACAGAUGAAGCCAGAACAGAAGGGGCAGGGCCACGACCAGCAGGUUGUGACCCAGCUGUAUUCUCCCUUGUUACUGUCUUACGGGAACUGAGGUGGAGGGUGGCGGGGGCAGUAGAACGGAGUCGUCGAGAGCGUGCACUCGAGGAACGCCGCCAUGCUGCUGUACUUAGACGUCUUCUCCGAGCCAACAACAUUGCUCACGCUGCCCUGACUUCUCUCACCUCCCUUCAGGAGGAGCGAGAAGCAGAGCUGGGAGUUAUACCUUCAGUGGUGUGGCUGCGACGGAGCCAGACUUCUGGAGACCUCACUUCUGGGACCCACCUCCCUAUCCCUAACACAGAGGUUGAUAGCAUGGCAGCAGUGAAGUGGCCAAGUGAGAGGUCUAGUUCGGCAGCCACUCUGUUGUCACGGGACCACCUACAGCUACUGGAGCAACGAGUAGCACAGGCUAAGGUAGCACAGGAGCUGGCAGCCCGCAGGCGCCGGGAAGGACGAGCAGAGCGACGCGCCCUUACACAGCAGGUGGAGCAACUGAAAGAGGAGCUGCACAAUUUGCGACAGACUUACCAGGUGACCAAGGCAUGCAAAUUGGGAAUGGGAGCCGAAGUAGACAUGGGCAUUGUGCAGGAUAAAUUAGGCACAAGCCUUGACCUGCGCUGGCCAGGCAAAGUCGCCAGCCAGAUGACUCGCCAUGACACAACCAUGAACCAGCUCCAGGCAGACAUUAAUGGACGAACAAGAGAAUUGCGAGCACUACAGAAAGAGGAAGCAGCCUUAGCAGCCCACAUCUUGGCACUUCGUCAAGAGAAGGAUCACCUGUUGUAUCAUCUAGCACAGACCUCUUCUCGGUCCACACCUCUGAGGCAACAAAAGAAAGGUGAACACACAUCCUUGGGUAAGACGAGGCAAGUAGGAGGGUCGGAAGAACUCCAGCUUUUAAAAGCCACUGUAAUGCGCCAAGACGACACCAUUGCAGCCCUCAGGCAUGAAAUUAGCACACUGCGCAGUAAGACAGCAUCCGUGGUUCUUCCUGGUCAGUCGUCUCUGCCAUCAGCCAAGCUUCAUCAUACUGGAUCUCCAUUCACACCACCAAGUAACCGAGCAGAGGCACCUCACUCACAGAGACAGCUAACAUAUUCUGAAACAACAUUGUUUGAAAAGAAUCAUCAUCCUUUACCAGAUAAGAACCUCAGUGAAACUACUGCAGAUAAGAAUGUGCUCAAUCCAGGUGUUCAUGAUUAUGAUGAGGCUAUUACAGAGUCUAGGGAUGAUGAUUGCAGUGGGAGUAGCACAUCUUCAGAUGUAUCUGACUCUUAGACCAAUUGAAAUUUGUACAAAAACUUGUGUAACAGUCCGUAAAAUAAUUUUAUGUGUAUACAGUGCCAUGGUCACGUUGACUGCUGAUCUAUUUAACUAAUGAUUCUUAUUAAACUCCACGCCCGCAAAACAUGAGUGAGUUAGCGACCCCUGAGAAGACGUGU